GCAGCGGACUUUUGGCACAACAGACAGACGAGAGCGACUGCAAACAAACAGAUGAGGUGCAUGGUUAGAUGUUUUUUAAGCUGACAGACAGCAGGGGGCGCUCUGCUGUGGAUCAGUGGGACAGACCAGAGGAGGGAGUCUCUCCUCUGAAACCUCUCUGUGUGAAGACCAAGAAGCUCUGAGGUUCAGGAUGGAGAAGAAGAGUCCAGACUCUGCUGAACCCAGCUGUGUGUCCAUGAAGGGUGACCGGUCUUAUCAUUGUGAUAUGAACUUCAAACAGUCAGCAGAUGAAAGGUUCAGGAUGGAGAAGAAGAGUCCAGACUCUGCUGAACCCAGCUGUGUGUCCAUGAAGAGUGACCGGUCUUAUCAUUGUGAUAUGAACUUCAAACAGUCAGCAGAUGAAAGAGUUCAGCUGGAACCAUCAGAGUUCUUCAGAGAUCAGUCCAAACAGCAGAAACCAGAGCUGGACUCCAUAUUUAAGCUGCUGGAGGAGAACAUUAUCAUCUUUGUGAAGAAGGAACUGAAGAGGUUUCAGAAGGCUCUGAGUCAGGAUAACCCAGAAUGUCCCAGUGAGGAUGAGGAGGUGUUGGUUGGUGAAGAUGAAGAGCAGAGGAGCAGAGAGGCUUUUCUGAAGAUCACAGAGAACUUCCUGAGGAGAAUGAAGCAGUACGAGCUGGCUGACUGUCUGAGGAACAGAUCCUCUGCUCCAGUAUGCCAACAGAAACUGAAGUCUAACCUGAAGCAGAAGUUCUGGUGUGUGUUUGAGGGAAUCGCUAAAGCAGGAAACCCAACCCUUCUGAAUCAGAUCUACACAGAGCUCUACAUCACUGAGGGAGGGACUGGAGAGGUCAACCAGGAACACGAGGUCAGACAGAUGGAAACAACAUCCAGGAAAGCAGACAGAGCAGAAACUACCAUCAGACAGGAAGACAUCUUUAAAGCUCCACCUGGAAGAGAUGAACCAAUCAGAACAGUGUUGACGAAGGGCGUGGCUGGCAUUGGGAAAACAGUCUUAACCCAGAAGUUCACUCUGGACUGGGCUGAAGGCAAAGCAAACCAGGACAUCCAGUUCACAUUUCCAUUCACUUUCAGAGAGCUGAACGUGCUGAAAGAGAAAGAGUUCAGCUUGGUGGAGCUCCUUCAUUACUUCUUUACUGAAACCAAAGAAGCAGGACUCUGCAGGUUUGAGGACUUCCAGGUGGUCUUCAUCUUUGACGGUCUGGAUGAGUGUCGACUUCCUCUGGACUUCCACCAAACCAAAAUCCUCUCUGAUGUCAGAGAGUCCACCUCAGUGGGUGUGCUGCUGACUAACCUCAUCAGGGGGAACCUGCUUCCAUCUUCUCGCCUCUGGAUAACCACACGACCUGCAGCAGCCAAUCAGAUCCCUCCUGGGUGUGUUGACAUGGUGACAGAGGUCAGAGGGUUCACUGACCAUCAGAAGGAGGAGUACUUCAGGAAGAGGUUCAGAGACGAGGAUCAGGCCAGCAGGAUCAUCUCCCACAUCAAAACAUCCCGAAGCCUCCACAUCAUGUGCCACAUCCCGGUCUUCUGCUGGAUCACUGCUACAGUUCUGGAGGAUCUGCUGAAGACCAGAGAGGGAGGAGAGCUGCCCAAGACCCUGACUGAGAUGUACAUCCACUUCCUGGUGGUUCAGUCCAAAGUGAAGAGCAUCAAGUAUGAUGGAGGAGCUGAGACUGAUCCACACUGGAGUCCAGAGAGCAGGAAGAUGAUGGAGUCUCUGGGUAAGCUAGCUUUUGAGCAGCUGCAGAAAGGGAACCUGAUCUUCUAUGAACCAGACCUGAGAGAGUGUGGCAUCGAUAUCAGAGAAGCCUCAGUGUACUCAGGAGUGUUCACACAGGUCUUCAGAGAGGAGAGAGGACUGUACCAGGACAAGGUGUUCUGCUUCAUCCAUCUGAGUGUUCAGGAGUUUCUGGCUGCUCUUCAUGUCCGUCUGACCUUUACCAACUCUGGAGUCAAUCUGAUGGCAGAGGAACGAACAACAUCCUGCAUCUCUAAAAUCUUUAGAGACAAGCCUAAACUGAGACAUCUCCACCAGAGCGCUAUGGACCAGGCCUUACAGAGUCCUAAUGGACACCUGGACCUGUUCCUCCGCUUCCUCCUGGGUCUGUCACUGACCACCAAUCAGAAUCUCCUACAAGGUCUGCUGACACAGACAGAAAGUGACUCAGAGAUCAAUCAGGAAACAGUCCAGUACAUCAAGACAAAGAUCAGUGAGGAUCUGUCUGCAGAGAAAAGCAUCAACCUGUUCCACUGUCUGAAUGAACUGAAUGAUCGUUCUCUAGUGGAGGAGAUCCAACAGUCCCUGAGAUCAGGACGUCUCUCCAAAGAUAAACUGUCUCCUGCUCAGUGGUCAGCUCUGGUCUUCAUCUUACUGUCAUCAGAAGAUCUGGAUGUGUUUGACCUGAAGAAAUACUCUUCUUCAGAGGAGGCUCUCCUGAGGCUGCUGCCAGUGGUCAAAGCCUCCAACAAAGCUCUACUGAGUGGCUGUAACCUCUCAGAGAGAAGCUGUGGAGCUCUGUCCUCAGUCCUCAGCUCCCAGUCCUCCAGUCUGAGAGACCUGGACCUGAGUAACAACGACCUGCAGGAUUCAGGAGUGGAGCUGCUAUCUACCGGACUACAGAGUCCACACUGCAGACUGCAAACUCUCAGUCUGUCUGGCUGUAUGGUCACAGAGGAAGGCUGUUCUUCUCUGGCCUCAGCUCUGAGCUCAUCCUGUCUGACAGAGCUGGACCUGAGCUACAAUCAUCCAGGAGAACCAGGAGAGAAACUACUGUCUGCUCUCCAGGAGGAUCCAGACUGCAGACUGGAGACACUGAGACUGGACCAUGGGGGACGGCACAGACUGAAACCAGGUCUAAAGAAGUACGCCUGUGAGCUGGAAGUGAACACAAACACAGUGUACAGAUACCUCAGACUGUCUGACAACAACAGGAAGGUGACACAUGUGGGGAAGGAUCAGUCAUAUCCUGAUCAUCCGGGCAGAUUUGAUGAAUGUCCUCAGCUGCUGUGUCAGACUGGUCUGACUGGUCGCUGUUACUGGGAGGUUGAGUGGAGAGGAAGCGUUUAUGUAUCAGUGAGUUACAGAGGAAUCAGACGGAGAGGAGACUAUAAUGAAUGUGUGUUUGGAUAUAAUCAUCAGUCCUGGAGUCUGGAGUGCUUUAAGCAUAGUUACUCUGUCCGUCACAGUAACAGAGAAAUAAAAAUCUCCUCCUCCUCCUCCUCUUCAUGGUCUGGUAGAGUAGGGGUGUAUCUGGACCAUCCUGCUGGCUCUCUGUCCUUCUAUAGAGUCUCCUCUGACAGACUGAUCCACCUCCACACCUUCAACACCACAUUCACUGCACCGCUCUAUCCUGGGUUUGGAGUUUGGGACAUAUCUCCAGUUUCCGCAGUGUCUCUGUGUUCUCUGUAGCUCAAACUCUGCUGUCUGAAUCCAAAGCUUAGUCAGACUACACACCAGAUGAUUGAUCCUCUCUGAUGAAUCUGAUUAGUUGUAAAUCUUGACAGACAUUCUUCAGUAGAUGAACUUGUGUUGGUGAAAAAUGUCUCCUCUGCUCCUCUUUUCUAAAUAGAUGAUCUCAUUGUACAAUCUUGUGUCUAUCUUGUGUUAGUGUGUCAUUCCUGUUCUCAUUGUUUUAGAGGGAACUUUACAUUUCAACUGUAGUUGCCUACAUUAAUAUAAGCCAAUGAGAGAGGAGCUUUUUGAUAGUCAGUGGGUUCAUCCUGAUCUUAUUGGUGUCUGUUGAUCUAGAAUGGAGGUGGAUAGAACAAUCAGGAACAUUUGCAUUUUAAAGGCCUAUUAGGCUUCUCUAAAGUGAUUUUAAAGUGUGAUUAAACCCUCAGAGCUUUACUCCACAUGAAAACACUGAUGGACAGACUGUUAGACCUUUGAAGAGAAAAAUUCAUACCUCUUUAGUGCAGCAAACAUGAAAGGUGUGUGAGAUUUCUGGCUACAGCAGAUCAGGACUGGAUUUUCUGAUUGAAUGAGCCGUGUAUAAAAUGUCUAACAGUUUAGGACAAAGAUGUUUUUGGUCAUAAAUGCCUAAGUUUGAUGGUUUCUGGUCCAUCUAAAACUUCUAUUCCAUGGAUAAACUGUAAAGUGAUAUGAAUCCUGUUUCUAUCAGGUGUGCUGAGCUGAUUCUAACUAUCAAAGGAGAAGUUCGCUGUUGUCAGUGAGGACCUGUUAGAAUAAGGGAGGACUGUUCACAUUUAUAAGCAGACAGCUCAGACUAGAGUUUACACUAGAACAAGGUGUAUUUCAUCAGUGCUUCAUAUUUAAUCUACAUUUAGAGCAGUCAACACUGAAUCUGCUUCAUUUGGAUAAAUAUUUAUAAAACUAUCAGGUUAUGGGAUCAUACUCCGGUCUGGCACUUCGUCAACCUUGGUGCUGUCCUGCUCUGGUCUCCUGAAGGCCGUCCUCCAGGUCUGCUCCAGGACCAUGCCCCAUCUCUUCAGGUACCCUCCCAGCUGACUCCUCCAUGACGCACACGGUCGCCCCCAGAGUCUGAACCAGCACACUGGGCCCAGGUCUAUAACUACUCAAGUAAAAGUAUUUUAAGUUUCCUGGCUUCGUUCAGCACCUGAUCUCUGUCUGUGGAGCAAAGAAACCUGGCAAUUAGUGGGCAAGAGCAUUGUUGCUUCCCAGCCAGACUCCUGACAGCCUCCCGAGACGGUGGCAUCUGGUUUAAAGGUAGGGGACAAUGAGGUAGGAAAGUACGUUUUGUCCUUCUGUCCCCUCUUUGAGAUUGAAUAUUAGCAGGUUAUCCCGGCGUGCUCUGUCUUCAAGCUCAACCAGCUUUGCUUCAUGAGUUUGUACAUUAUCUAGGCAUGCAGCUGUUGACGCCCAGGCAAGUGGCUCUUAUCUCCUCCGUAUGCCGUGCCAAUAUAGAAUUCAUUUUGUCUAUCUCCUUUCAAUCAUUUUAGCACAGGAUCAGCUUUCUGUCUCUUUAAAAUACAUCGCCAUGACCUCCUCAGAUACCACUGUCGGGGCCAUGUGCAUUUCCAUCUCUGAGCCAUUGUGUCUCACUCUGCGAGGCUACAUUGACUUGUUUUAGGCAUAAACUUAAUCUAUAAGCUCAUUAAUGUUUUACCUCAGGUAUCAUAAAAAAGGCUUUAAACAGUUGCAGGAACUCUUAAAAGUUUAUGGAGGGUGGACGCUGAGGCUGGCUAGGCUGUCACCUCCAUGUACCAGAAGUUUAACCUGACAGGCCAGAUGGAGUUAACCUUGCAAAGC